AGGCACUGAUGAGGGACGUUACAAAUGCUUAAUUCAGUCAAAGAGCUGGUAUGAUGAUUUCACUGUUCAAGUCCUCGUUAAAGUUGUAGGAUCCAAGCCAGUGGUGUCCAUUGAGGGACACAGAGAGGGAGGGAUGGGUCUGCUGUGUGAAUCAGAAGGCUGGCACCCUGAGCCUGAGCUGGUGUGGCUGGACAGUAAAGGAGUCCAUCUCUCUGCUGGUCCUCCUGAGACACACAGAGACUUAGAUGGAUUCUACACAGUCAAACGACAUGUCAUUGUCCAGGAGACUGACACCAACCACUUUACCUGCAGAGUCCAACAGAGCCGGAUCAAUGAGAAGAUGGAGACAGAGAUUCACCUCCCUAUUGUAGGAUCCAAGCCAGUGGUGUCCAUUGAGGGACACAGAGAGGGAGGGAUGGGUUUGCUGUGUGAAUCAGAAGGCUGGCACCCUGAGCCUGAGCUGGUGUGGCUGGACAGUAAAGGAGUCAAUCUCUCUGCUGGUCCUCCUGAGACACAUAGAGACUUCAAGGGAUUCUACAGAGUCAAACAACAUGUCAUUGUCCAGGAGACUGACACAACCGCUUUACCUGCAGAGUCCAACAGAGCCGGAUCAAUGAGAAGAUGGAGACAGAGAUUCACCUCCCUAGUGAGUUGUUUGAUUACGCAACCCCAUGGAGAAUGGCCUUCAUGGUGUUAUGCUGUCUGGGAGCCGUCACUGUGAUUGGGUUAGCUCUGGUUAUC